AGGUGCAUACAGACAGUCUGUCACAGGCACAGACCUCUACACAUUCACUCACAGACAGAGAUACUGAUCUGCACUUCGCAGAAGAGAGAGAACAGUAGUCAGCGAUGGCCGUGGUCGUGCAGAAGUGUCUGCCCCUGCUGUGGGCCUGCCUGCUCCUGUGUGCAGCCCUGUGCCCCAGCGCCGCCCAGGCCAAGCGCAGAGGGGGCUUCAAGGGCAGGGGCUCGCCCAUCGGCAACAAGCUGCCCUCAUCCCACAACCAGAACCAGAACCCCGACCAGAACAAGAACAAGGGCUCCAGGACGGGCCUGAAGCUGGCUGGGGCGGCCGCCGCGGGGGCCAUCGGUGGGGCUGCGGUGGGCUACGGGCUGGGCUCCCUGGGACGUAACCACCACUACGGCGGCGGAGGCUAUGGAGGAGGGUACGGAGGACGGGGCUACGGGCACGGCUACGGGUACGACUCGUCCGAGGAGGACCGGCGCGGGUACUACCAAGAGGGCUACGGAGGAGUUGGCCGGAACCAGUCGGACUACCGGUACCAGCAACGAGGGGCGGCCGGGCCCGGGCCGGUGGGCUGGGGGUCGGUGUCGGUGCUCCUGAUGGCCCUGGUGCCACUGGUUUGGGUCCAGCUGGUGUGAUGAUCAGACAGGGAAGAUGACAGGGGCUGGGGGGGGCAAAGGGGGUCAGUUGUCCUGGGCCCAGGGAGAAACCGGCAGGGGCGUAUAUAGCAGCACAUUUUGGGCUCUAUGUACAAUCAGCUCCAAUAGACCCCCCCAAGCGUCUUCAUAAAUCGAACUGUGUGGUGACCCCCUAUAUACAUGGAGCCCACUGGUGACUGGCGACCCUGUAAUCAGAUUAAAUAAUGUGAAGAUUGAGGGUGUGAUCCACACAUAUAACACCUUGGCUUCCCCUUGCUAAGGAACCAGGAACUGACAAAUCUAUUCAGUUCAAGAAUGAAACAUCUUCAGGCUCCAAGAAGAGUUGCCUACAAUCGAGCUUCUUUGGAUAAUAUAUCAUGACUUGGAUGACUGAUGAUCUUCACAGACGUAUGCUAACGUGUUGCUUUUGUGACUCGCCUUUGUCUGUAAGGGGCCUGAGGGGGUGAGAUAGUAGAGUAACUUUAUUGAUCCCCGGGGGGAAAUGAAGGAUACGGUGUCAAGAUCAUGGGUGUCAAUCUAUGGAAGGGGUGGGGAGCCUAUCCGGCCCCCACUAUAAUUUAAAUGUUAUGCAGUUCCACAUUAAAUAUGACAUGUUUUCUAAAGAAAUCUUUGAAAUUACAUUUGCAAUACAAUUAACUUACAUUUUCAAGGGGACCUAGUAAAGUUGGGGUGUAUUGUAAAGGUGGACACCUUCAGUAGGCCUAUAGGCCUUAAGUGCAGGGGGAAAUCCUGGUUUGUGUUCAUAGUUCGGCCCUUGGAGGACUUUGUCCCUGUCCCUGAUCUAUGGACUUAUACUGGACAAUAAAUAUAGACAAUAAAGUAAAAAUACUGAUAAGUAAUGUCCCUCUGGAAUAGGUGGCCACUAGAUUGGUAGUCGACCAGUCUUGAGUGCACUGUUUUCAUACAAAAGAAAUCAGCUGGGUGGAUUUUUUCCCAACUUUCUGACGUACCUUGUCUGUGUAGUUUGUUAUGAUUGACACCUGUAGAGAAUACUGAGGCGCUUGUUUCCCUAAAAUUACAAGUUUGCAGCUAAAUUCCACAACAUCAGCAGAUCUUUCGAAGGUGCUUUAUAUCACAAACAGCAACACCAACAAAUAGCCUACAUUUAAAAAAAAUAGAACAUUUCUCCAGGAAGUUUAUUGACUUUUGUUUUGAUUUCUAGUGGUGCUUUUGGCUUUGAUGUCUAUAAAAGCAUGUAUGUAUUCUCUGUGGAACUUUUUUUUACACAUUUGAACAGCAUUUCAGGCAGUAUGAACUUAAUAAAACAACUUUGAAUAAACACACUUACUAACACAUUUAAUUAUAACCACUAAAUGAAGCCGUGGGAUGUAAAACUGUACACGUGAUCUUUUUUUCCUUCUUUCUCUGGGAUUCCUGAUUUUUCAGCUGAAAAUAACCUUAAUUUAUAAUACUGCUGUCACCAUGGAACACUCUGGAACACACAAUGCACUGCACUGUAUUUUCCAGCCUUUUCCACCGGCCUUUGCAAAUCACAGUCCUGCACAAAGCAGGCAAACUAACUCUGGUGGUUAUUCUAAAAGCAUUCCAGAACUAUCCAGCCAGAGCUAUUCCAUGCGUAAGCCUUUUCCGUGGUGGAUCUCAUAUAGGCUUCGGAUAAUAGAGAUUGCUGUUGAGGUUGUACAAUUAUUUACACCCAUUCAUGUGUUGUUUUUAUUUAUUUAUUGGCAGUGAUACAAAUCGCCACCCGUGUUACCUGAUGCAUACAGUAGGCUGCAUUUAAUGCAGUGCAAAUCAUUUUCAAAAAUGGCUUCAUGGGCCCUGUGGCUCUAACGCUAGGGCACUGGGCUGCUUUGCUGGUGGCCCGGGUUCGAUUCUGGCCCGGGUAAUUUUAGUCUCUCUCUCACCACUCGUUUCCUGUCCACCUCUAAACUGUCCUAUCACUAAUGAAGUCUAAAAAAGUGUUUCCCAACCAGGGGUACGUGUACCACUAGGGGUACGCGAGCACACUGAAGGGGGUACUU